AUGCCGAACAAAAAGUCCAAGUCCAGUGGCUCUAAAGGCCGGGCUCCUGCUUCAGGCACGCCACAGAUUCCAGCAUCCGACUCUCCGACGCAGACCAAAGUUCCUGCACCCACCACUACUUCUGCCUCAACGGAGGACUUCAAGGCCAAAAAUGCUCGAGCGAAAGCCCUGAUCAUGUCAACCCUCGUGCCCGGUAGCGAACCGUGGAAGAUUGCCGAACCACUCGAGCUGGCCUCGGAUAUUUGGAAAGCGUUGGAAGAAAAGUACGCGCCGAAAGAUGGGACUAGUAGAUCUAGUGGGAAGAAGAACACAGGCGCCCGGGACAAGAACGAGAACGAGAAGAAACCCUCCAGCUCGGUGUCGUCGUCGGAUUUUAUGGGCGACUGGGUGGAGGGCAAGCCGCUGGAUAAGUAUCUCGACUUGUAUAAGUCUGACAUUCUGGCUAAGGCAAAGUCCGACCUGGGAAUAGCCAAUGUCGAAGCCAUUCCUCACACGCCCAAGUCGAUGAAGCAGUUACCAAUCCCAGACCAUGUUCUCGACGAAAUGAGAGCGGCUUUAUUCCCGAAUGGGCCUCCAGAGCCUCCCAAGCCUCGUGCAACAACGGUGCCACCUGCUUCGACUCCUGCGGCAGCGCCAUCAGCCGUGUCAUCGACGACUUCAUCACAGUGGGUCGCCAGUCCGGUCAGACAUGACUCUUACCUCAGUGAAAGCCAGGCCCUUGCUUUCGCAUCGUACGAUCUGGAGCGAAAGAAGCAGAUACAGGUUGCAGCUACAAAGGUGCUGAUGCAGAAGCUCCCAACUCGCGAUCUUCGCCUACUGUGGGCCGUGCUGUACGGUGGUGAUGACUCUCCUUGGCCAGGAUCGUGGUCAACGGUCAUCCCUGGCGUGACCCAAGCGGCGGCACAGUUGAAGGACUUUGAAGUGUGA